AUGAAUAUAAUCGAUGAAUGUAUGUAUGAUAAAACUCCAUGUUAUUCUGAUAUUGAUGAAUCAUUAAAUCGUUAUUUUAAAAAAUAUAAAGAAAAAUAUCCAAUGUUAUUAACAUAUCAUCCAAAAAUUGAUUGUAAUUAUGGUCGAUAUUUAUUAAUAAAUAAUGCUCGAUUUUCACGUGUUCAUGAUGGAACAGGAUCUGUUUUAAUGUGGUAUUUAGGUUUAUUAAAUAUUGCAUAUAAAUUAAAUUUAACUUUAAUAAAUUUUGAUUGGAUUGCUGAACAUUCAUAUGAUGAAAAUAAUGUUGAAAGAGAUAAAUAUUGGUUAUUUUAUCAUUGGCAAAUUCCAUAUUCAGCUUAUGAAUCAUGUCCAAAUAAUUCUUUAAUUAAAAAAAAAUUUUUUUAUUAUAAUUUAAUAUCAAAUCAAACAUUAGAUAAAAAUUUUUCAAUAAAACGUCAUUUAAAUAAUUUGUUUUCACAAUUUUUAAUGAAUCUUACAAAUAAAAAUGAUGGUUUUAUAUUUUAUUCAAAUCGAACAAUAAUAAUAACAUCAUCUUUAAUGGAAUUAGGAAUUGUUAUGGAAAUUCGUUGGUGGUUACAACAUAGAAAAUUAUAUCAAUAUCCAAAUGGAGUUUGGGCAGGAUUAUCAAUUCCAUUAAAUUAUAAACCAAUGAGUUGUCCUCAAAUUGAUAUUGAGAAUAAUUUAUUAAUUGGUGUUCAUAUUCGUCGAGGUGAUGUUAUUAAACGAAAUAAACAAGGUAAAAUUAUAUUUAAUAUUUUUCAACGUUAUAUAUCAAAUUCAGCUUAUGCACCAUUAUUAAUAUUUUUAAUAAAAUCAUUACCAAAUGAAAUUCAAAAGAAAUAUUUUAUAACAAUUUAUAGUGAAGGUCAUCCUAAUGAUUUUAAUGAUAUUCUUAAAGAAUUAAAAAAUUUUUUACCUGAAUCACGUUGUCGAAUAUCAUUUAUUUUAAAUGGAAAAACUUCAGAAACAUUUAAUCAUUUAGUACGUAAUGAUAUAUUAAUUCAUGGAUCUAGUACAUUUAGUUUAGCUUCGGGAAUAUUUAAUAGUAGACAAUUAAAAAUUGGACCUAUUCAUAAUCGACAACGUAUUCAUGGGAUGAGAAAUUUUAUUGGAUUAAAUUUAGAUUAUAAUCAUACGAAAUUUAUAUUAACGAAUGAAAAAAAAUAUUUAAUUAAACGAAGAAUUUAUUAUGUUUGGAAAGAAAAACUAAAACAAAAAAAAACUUUUAUUCCUUUAUGGUUAAAGAAUUAUUCAAAUGAUUAUCCUGAACAAUUUAUGUUUAUUUAA